AUGGUGCUUGAAUAUUUUUCAUCCUACUCCUUACUCCCCCGACUCAUCAUCACUCCUUGCUUAUUCAUAUUUCUCCUUUUCCUUCUGUACUCGAUAUCAUUAUUCCAUGUCACUUUUACAUUUGCCUCUACACCUACCACUUCUCUUUUGAAAGUUGAACAAGAUCAAGAGGCAGUUGCUCUUCUAACAUGGAAGACCAGUCUUGAUAAUCAAACCCAAUCUUUCCUUUCUUCUUGGUCUGGACGCAAUUCUUGCCAUCAUUGGUUUGGAGUGACUUGUCACAGGUCAGGAAGUGUCUCCAAUUUAGACCUUGACAAUUGCGGUUUGAGAGGUACACUCCACAAUCUCAAUUUCUCAUCACUCCCUAACCUUCUCACUCUUAAUCUUUAUAAUAACUCCCUUUAUGGAACCAUUCCAAUCAACAUUGGUAAUCUUUCUAAACUAAUCACAAAUCUUAACUUUACUUUCAAUCGUUUUACUGGUGUAAUAUCUCCCCAACUUGGAUUUCUAACAUCUCUUAGUGUUCUAGCAUUGUCUUUUAAUAAUUUCAGAGGCCCAAUUCCUCCUUCCAUAGGUAACUUGAGGAACUUAACCACUUUGUACCUUCAUAAAAACAAACUAUCUGGUUAUAUUCCUCAAGAAAUUGGAUUGUUGACAUCGCUUAAUGAUCUUCAAUUGGCAAUUAAUAGUCUCACUGGUCCAAUCCCUCCAUCCAUAGGAAACUUGAGAAACUUAACCACUCUACAUCUUUUUGAGAAUGAGUUUUCUGGUUCUAUCCCUCAAGAGAUUGGAUUGUUGACAUCACUUAAUGAUCUUAAGUUGGAAACUAAUAGUCUUACUGGUCCGAUCCCUUCAUCCAUUGGAAACUUGAGAAAUUUAACCACUUUAUAUCUUUCUGAGAACAAGCUUUCUGGUUCCAUCCCUCAAGAAAUUGGAUUGUUGAUAUCACUUAAUGAUCUUGAGUUGUCAAUUAACAAUCUCACCGGUCCAAUCCCUCCUUCCAUAGGUAACUUGAGGAACUUAACCACUUUGUACCUUCAUACAAACAAACUAUCUGGUUCUAUUCCUCAAGAGAUUAGCUUGUUGACAUCACUUAAUGGUCUUGAGUUGGCAAAUAAUAGUCUCACUGGUCCGAUCCCUCCAUCCAUUGGAAACUUGAGAAAUUUAACCACUUUAUAUCUUUCUGAGAACAAGCUUUCUGGUUCCAUCCCUCAAGAAAUUGGAUUGUUGACAUCACUUAAUGAUCUUGGGUUGUCAAAUAACAAUCUCACCGGUCCAAUCCCUCCAUCCAUUGGAAACUUAAGAAAUUUAACCACUUUAUAUCUUUUUGAGAACAAGCUUUCUAGUUACAUCCCUCAAGAGAUUGGAUUGUUGACAUCACUUAAUGAUCUUGAGUUGUCAAAUAACAAUCUCACCGGUCCAAUCCCUUCUUCCAUAGGUAACUUGAGGAACUUAACCACUUUGUACCUUCAUACAAACAAACUAUCUGGUUCUAUUCCUCAAGAGAUUGGAUUGUUGACAUCACUUAAUGAUCUUGAGUUGUCAAUUAACAAUCUCAUUGGUCCAAUCCCUCCUUCCAUAGGUAACUUGAGGAACUUAACCACUUUGUACCUUGAUAGAAACAAACUAUCUGGUUCUAUUCCUCAAGAGAUUGGAUUGUUGACAUCACUUAAUGAUCUUGAGUUGUCAAUUAACAAUCUCACCGGUCCAAUCCCUCCUUCCAUAGGUAACUUGAGGAACUUAACCACUUUGUACCUUGAUAGAAACAAACUAUCUGGUUCUAUUCCUCAAGAGAUUGGAUUGUUGACAUCACUUAAUGAUCUUGGGUUGUCAAUUAACAAUCUCACCGGUCCAAUCCCUCCUUCCAUAGGUAACUUGUCUAGCUUAACCUUUUUGUUCCUUGAUCACAAUGAGCUUAGUGGUGUUAUUCCUCUUGAAAUGAAUAAUAUCACUCAUUUGAAAUCUUUUCAGUUAGUUGAGAAUAACUUCAUUGGCCAACUACCGCAAGAGAUAUGCCUCGGUAGUGUUCUUGAGAACUUUACGGCCUCUGGAAACCAUUUCACUGGUCCUAUUCCAAAAAGCUUGAAAAAUUGCACUAGCUUAUUCAGAGUUAGGCUUGAAAGAAACCAGCUGACAGGGGACAUAGCCGAAAGUUUUGGGGUGUACCCGACCCUAAAUUAUAUUGAUCUAAGCAGCAACAAUUUUUAUGGUGAGCUUUCUGGGAAAUGGGGGCAGUGCCACAUGCUCACAAACCUGAACAUCUCCAACAACAAUAUUUCUGGUGCUAUACCGCCUCAACUUGGGAAAGCAACUCAGCUGCGACAACUUGAUCUCUCCGCCAAUCAUCUAAGUGGGAAGAUCCCGAAAGAGUUGGGUAUGUUGCCAUUAUUGUUCAAAUUGUUAUUAGGAAACAACAGUCUUUCAGGUAGUAUUCCUUUGGAAUUGGGAAACUUAUCCAAUCUUGAAAUUCUUGACUUGGCAUCAAACAACAUAAGCGGUUCAAUUCCCAAACAACUGGGAAACUUCUGGAAAUUAAGGUCCUUCAACUUGAGCGAGAAUAGAUUUGUGGAUAGCAUUCCUGACGAAAUAGGAAAGAUGCAUCAUCUUCAAAGUCUUGAUCUUAGUCAAAAUAUGUUGACAGGAGAGAUGCCACCGCUGAUUGGAGAAUUACAGAACCUGGAAACGUUGAAUCUCUCCCACAACGGGCUCUCUGGCACCAUCCCACACACGUUUGAUGAUUUGAUAAGUUUGACAGUUGCUGAUAUAUCCUACAAUCAAUUGGAAGGUCCUCUCCCCAACAUCAAAGCCUUUGCUCCAUUUGAGGCAUUCAAAAAUAAUAAAGGUCUGUGUGGUAAUAAUGUCACUCAUCUCAACCCAUGUAGUGCUAGUCGAAAGAAGGCCAACAAGUUUUCUAUUUUGAUCAUAAUACUCCUCAUUGUGAGCCCUCUAUUGUUCUUAUUUGCUUUUAUUAUCGGCAUUUAUUUUCUUUUCCAAAAAUUGAGGAAGAGAAAAACCAAGUCUCCUGAAGCAGAUGUUGAAGAUCUAUUUGCAAUAUGGGGCCAUGAUGGGGAAUUGUUGUAUGAGCACAUCAUACAGGGGACCGACAAUUUCAGUUCGAAACAGUGUAUUGGCACUGGAGGAUAUGGUACUGUUUACAAGGCUGAGUUGCCAACAGGUCGGGUUGUUGCUGUGAAAAAGCUUCACUCAUCAGAAGAUGGAGAUAUGGCUGAUUUGAAAGCUUUCAAAAGCGAGAUUUAUGCUUUAACACAGAUAAGGCAUCGCAACAUCGUCAAGCUUUAUGGCUUCAGUUCAUUUGCAGAGAACUCAUUUUUGGUUUAUGAGUUUAUGGAAAAGGGGAGUUUGCGAAACAUUCUAUGCAACGACGAAGAAGCAGAAAGAUUAGAUUGGAUUGUGAGGCUAAACGUUAUUAAAGGCGUGGCUAAAGCUUUAUCCUAUAUGCACCAUGAUUGCUCACCUCCUGUAAUUCAUCGAGACAUAUCGAGCAACAAUGUUUUGUUAGAUUCAGAAUAUGAAGCUCAUGUAUCUGACUUCGGCACGGCUAGGCUUUUAAAGUCAGACUCAUCUAAUUGGACUUCAUUCGCAGGAACUAUUGGUUAUACAGCUCCAGAACUUGCUUACACGAUGAAGGUGGAUAAUAAAACCGAUGUUUAUAGCUUCGGUGUUGUGACAUUAGAAGUAAUCAUGGGAAGGCAUCCCGGAGAACUCAUCUCAUCCCUGUUAUCAUCAGCGUCCUCCUCAUCUACAUCACCAUCAACGGUCUACCAUUUCCUGUUGAAUGAUGUGAUAGACCAGCGCCCCUCACCUCCUGUGAAUCAAGUGGCAGAGGAAGUAGUGGUUGCAGUGAAGUUGGCAUUUGCAUGUUUGUGUGUUAAUCCCCAAUCUCGGCCAACUAUGCAACAAGUUGCUCAAGCACUCUCAAAACAGUGGCCACCAUUGCCAAAACCGUUUUCUGUGAUUACGUUGGGGUGGAAUGUGCAGGUUAUUCAGAAGCAUGAUCUGCCACCAUGUGAUGUUCUUGCAACCUUUGGAACAUAUUUUCCUUUGAAGGGCCCCUCAAUCAGGGCUGUCGUGGAGGAGUGCGGGAAUGCCGAUGACCGUGUCUCUGUUUCUGAGGCUGCCAAACAAUCUGCAUCACCGGAUGGUUGGACAAGUUGCCCUCCAUGCCAGGUUUGA